CCCCAGCGCGUCGCGGCCGCGUGGCCCGGCGGAGCCCCGACAUCACCCAGCUCCAGCCGGGCGCAGUCGCGAUGUCGGUGGCCGGGUUGAAGAAGCAGUUCCACAAAGCCAGCCAGCUAUUUAGUGAAAAAAUAAGUGGUGCAGAAGGAACGAAACUGGACGACGAAUUUCUGGAUAUGGAAAGGAAAAUAGAUGUCACCAAUAAAGCAGUUGCAGAAAUUCUUUCAAAAGCCACGGAAUAUCUCCAGCCGAAUCCAGCAUACAGAGCUAAGCUAGGAAUGCUGAACACUGUGUCGAAGAUCCGAGGGCAAGUUAAGACUACCGGCUACCCACAGACAGAAGGCCUCCUGGGGGAUUGCAUGCUGAAAUAUGGAAGGGAGCUUGGUGAAGAGUCUACCUUUGGCAAUGCGCUGAUAGAAGUCGGUGAAUCCAUGAAACUCAUGGCCGAGGUGAAAGAUUCUCUGGAUAUUAACGUGAAGCAGACUUUUAUUGACCCACUGCAGCUGCUGCAAGACAAAGAUUUAAGAGAGAUUGGGCACCACCUGAAAAAGAUGGAAGGCCGACGCCUGGAUUAUGAUUAUAAAAAACGGCGAGUAGGUAAGAUACCAGAUGAAGAAAUCAGACAAGCAGUAGAAAAAUUUGAAGAGUCAAAGGAGUUGGCUGAAAGAAGCAUGUUUAAUUUUUUAGAAAACGAUGUAGAACAAGUCAGCCAGUUGUCUGUGUUCAUAGAGGCAGCUUUAGACUAUCACAGACAGUCCACAGAUAUCCUGCAGGAGCUGCAGAGCAAGCUACAGCUACGAAUAUCUGUUGCAUCCAGCAUCCCCAAGCGAGAAUAUAAGCCCAGGCCUGUGAAAAGGAGUUCUAGUGAGUUCAAUGGGGUUUCCACCACCUCUGCAUCAAAGACAACAGGUUCUAAUGUUUCCGUGGACCAGCCCUGCUGCCGUGGUCUCUAUGACUUUGAGCCAGAAAACCAAGGAGAAUUAGGAUUUAAAGAAGGGGACAUCAUUACAUUAACCAAUCAAAUAGAUGAAAACUGGUAUGAAGGAAUGCUACGUGGGGAAUCUGGCUUCUUCCCCAUUAAUUAUGUGGAAGUCAUUGUGCCUUUGCCUCGGUAAAUGUGUCCUUCGGACAUAACUUCGUAACUGAAAUGAAUUUGCGCCAGUGUUCUCUCAGUGUGGUGUUCUGUGACAUCCUCGCUCUCUGACCAACUUAAUGACUUUUGUAUGUGUGUACUCUUUAUAAUGUAUUUUGUAUCAAUUUAAUUUGUAUAAAUGAUUUCCUUGUCCUAGCCACAUGAAGAUAGUUUUCUUAUUGUCCUAAAAAAAGUCACUGGUUAAAUGUAUGUGCUUCCUGUUGCUAAAAAAUAUAUACAUAUAUAUAUGGCACCCACUGCAGAUAUGUGAACAAAUUGCCUGUCUAGUCCUUAGCUGCAAUGGAAUGCAUCAUUUGCAACUAAGAAAUGCUAAAUAAUUUGUUUCUUGACAUUACAUCUGAUCUUUUCCUGGCCUUGUGUUUUAAGCUUCCCUGUGAACAGCUCAAUAAACAUGACAUACUGUGUUGGCAAAA